CCCCCAGUCCUAGCCCACCCACAGUGCGCACUAGGUGGGAGCAGGGAGGGGUGCACACAGUGAUAACCAUCAGCGGGGGAGAAGACUCUACUCCUAGGAGUUCCUAUCCCAGAGGGGCUAAGUCUCAGACCUGCUGCCGGGCCGGCUGGAGACCAAACGCCAGGAUCUAGGUCACCCCCUUGGCGGCAGAGCUGAUUUAUGGUCCCCCUGACAGCCUAAUAUCACCAAAUUACCCCACACAAUGGAGAGAGGCUGGGCUGCCUCCGGGGAGUCAGAGAAGGACGCUGAGCCUGGGCGGCACUGCCGCCUCCCGAUCGCAGACCUCCUUCAGGUCUGUGGGGGGAGGCUGGUGCCGACAGAGGGCACACCCAGGCAUGCCACCUUCAGCUGGGGGUAUAAGUAAGAAGCCUUGGGGACAGCCCUGUACCCUGCACUCGGGAACUAGCAGCGCUCUGACGACUGCCUCCUAUCCCACGAGCUGCAGCAGGGCCAGCCAUGAGUUGCAGACAAUUCUCCUCCUCUUACCGGAGCCAAGGCAGCUCCAGGGGCGGCGGGGGCAGCAUGAUGUCCUCGUUCGGUCGCGUCAGCUCCUCAGGGGCCGCUGGAGGAGGGGGCCGAUUCAGCUCUUCCAGUAGCUACGGAGGGGGGCGCUCCGGGGCCUGUGGGAGGGGAGGUGGUGGCAGUUUUGGCUCCAGCUACGGUGGAGGAUCUGGGGGUGGUUUUAGUGCUGGUAGCUUCGGUGGAGGUUCCAGGCGCUUCGGUGGUGUGUCUGGAGGGGGCUUUGGGGGUGGAUCUGGAGGAGGCUUUGGAGGCUCUGGGGGCUUUGGGGGUGGAUCUGGAGGAGGCUUUGGAGGCUUUGGGGGCUUUGGGGGUGGAUCUGGAGGAGGCUUUGGUUUUGGUGGCGGUUCUGCAGGAGGCUUUGGGGGAUCUGGGGGCUUUGGCGGUGACUUUGAUGGUGGUGCUGGUGGUAUUCUGGGCGCUGAUGAGAAGACCACCAUGCAGAACCUCAAUUUCCGGCUGGCCUCCUACUUGGAAAAGGUGCAGGCACUAGAGGAAGACAACAAUAAACUGGAGGGUAAGAUCCGGGAGUGGUAUAACAAGCAGGGACCCAUGGCCUUCCAAAAGGAUUACUCCCCCUACUAUGACACCAUCGAAGACCUCAAGAACCAGAUUCUGGACACCACAGUGGGCAACCAUAAGACUCUCCUGGAUCUUGACAACAUUCGCAUGACAUUGGAUGACUUCAGGAUGAAGUAUGAGAUGGAAAGCACCCUGCGACAAGGAGUGGAGGCUGACAUCAAUGGCUUGCGGAAGGUGCUGGAUGAUCUGACCAUGCAAAAGUCUGACCUGGAAAUGCAGUAUGAGUCUCUGCAGGAGGAACUGAUUUUCCUCAAGAAGAAUCAUGAGGAUGAGAUGAAUCAGCUGACUGGGCAGAACUCUGGGGAUGUCAACGUGGAGAUGAAUGCUGCUCCUGGCAAAGAUCUCACCAAGAUCCUCAAUGACAUGCGCGAGCAGUAUGAGAGGAUCAGUGCUAAGAACCGUAGGGACAUUGAAGAGCAAUAUGAGACUCAGAUGAGCCAGAUGGAGCAGGAAGUGACGAAUAGUGGCCGGGAGAUGGAGUCCAGCAACAAGGAGGUGACCCAGCUCCGGCACAGCAUCCAGGAGAUGGAGAUUGAGCUGCAGUCUCAGCUCAGCAAGAAAUCGGCCCUGGAGAAGUCCUUGGAAGACACCAAGAACCGCUACUGUGGCCAGCUGCAGCAGUUGCAGGAGCAGAUCAGUAACCUGGAGGCUCAGCUCACUGAGAUCCGGGGAGAGAUUGAGUGCCAGAAUCAGGAAUAUAGCGUUCUGCUCAACAUCAAGACACGGCUGGAGCAGGAAAUUGCGACUUACCGCAGCCUCCUUGAGGGUGGCCAGGAGGACUUUGAAUCUCAUGAAUCUGGACAAAGGUACUCUGGAGGUGGCAGAGGAAGUGGAUAUCACGGUGGAAGUGGAGGCAGUCAUGGAAGAGGAUCCUGGGGAGGAAGUGGAGGUAGCCAUGGAAGAGGAAGUGGAGGCAGCUAUGGAGGAAGAGGUAGUUCUGGAGGAGGAAGUGGAGGUAGCCAUGGAGGAGGAAGUGGUGGCAGCUAUGGUGGAGGAAGUAGUUCUGGAGGAGGAAGUGGAGGCAGGAGAGGAAGUGGUGGCAGCUGUGAAGAAGGAAGUGGAUCUGGAGGAGGAAGUGGUGGCAGCUACGGAGGAGGAAGUGGAUCUGGAGGAGGAAGUGGCGGCAGCUACGGAGGAGGAAGUGGAUCUGGAGGAGGAAGUGGUGGCAGCUAUGGAGGAGGAAGUGGAAGAUCAUCUCAGUCCCAGUCCUCUUCCUCAAAAUCUGGUGAAUGUGAUGAUACACAAGGCUAUCAGAUUCGAUACUAGAGCUCCUGUAAAUGUUUUUGGCUCCGCCUCAGCUGAGUGUCCCCCAGACAGGCAGCCCCCCAACAAAGCCUGCUUAUUGCCUUCUGACAUCAAGGAUGGCUGGCAACAAGUCCCAGGGCUCAUUUGGGACUGGGCUGAAUGGGCAUGUGUGCCUCUGGCUGCUCACUGGCUCCCUCCCCUAGGAGGGUUGGGGAGACCUCUCUUCCAACUGUCUGGUCUGGGGGUGAUCCCACUUCCUGCCUGAUCUCAAUUUCCCAAUAAAGCUUUCCUACUGCAAAUCAAA